GCUGGGCUCUAAAGGGCUAAAGUAACACUGUUAAAUAGACCGCCUUGAACGAGGAAGGCGACGUGAUGGCGAGAGGUCCUCCCAUGUGAUGUGACUGAGGCCUGACGGACUGUACCCGUCUGUUAUGGCUCCUCCUGCUACAGUAGAACGGGGCUAGACGUAAUACCAGUGCGGGGAAACGGGAGUUAACACACCGCGAUACGUUUCUCGGAAGCCUCGGCUAAAGAUGGCAGAUUGUGCAAUGCUGACGAAAAAGACAUAGACGGUGUCCUCGGCGUUGCCUCUUCUGCUGUGAAGGCUUCGAUAUUUCCUCAAGAUUACCAACACCCCAAAUGAACUCCGUCAGAGCAAGUAACGUUAGCAGAAGACCUAGGCGAGUAUCGAGGCCGCGCCCGGUGCAGCCGGAGAGGAACCACCAGGAAAGAGAUGAGGACGUUCCUGCAGAUAUGGUUGCAGAAGAAUCCGGUCCUGGAGCCCAGAAUAGUCCAUACCAACUUAGAAGAAAGUCUCUACCCAAGAGAACAGUGUGUCCGACAAAGCCAAGCAUGGAGGGUGCUUCCACUUCAACCACAGAAAACUUUGGACACCGACCUAAGCGUCCCAGAGUUUCUGGAAAGUGUCAAGAUUUACCAGCUCCAGCAGAGCAGUAUUUGCAAGAGAAGCUUCCAGAUGAGGUGGUGCUAAAGAUCUUCUCAUACCUGUUGGAGCAGGACCUGUGCCGUGCAGCAUGUGUGUGCAAACGCUUCAGUGAGCUGGCCAAUGACCCUAUCCUCUGGAAGAGGCUGUACAUGGAGGUUUUUGAAUACACGCGACCCAUGAUGCACCCUGAGGCAGGGAAAUUCUACCAGAUAAACCCAGAAGAAUAUGAGCAGCCAAACCCAUGGAAGGAAAGUUUUCAGCAGUUGUAUAAAGGCGCACAUGUAAAACCAGGCUUUGCAGAACACUUUUACAGUAAUCCUGCCAGAUACAAAGGAAGAGAUAACAUGUUUUACUAUGACACCAUUGAAGAUGCUCUUGGAGGGGGUCAGGAGCCUCACUUUGACGGCCUGAUAUUUGUCCACUCUGGUAUUUACACAGACGAAUGGAUCUACAUCGAGUCGCCUAUCACAAUGAUCGGGGCUGCUCCUGGAAAAGUAGCAGAGAAAGUUAUCAUUGAGAAUACCAGAGACUCUACGUUUGUAUUCAUGGAAGGCUCAGAAGAUGCUUAUGUUGGAUACAUGACCAUUAGGUUUAAUCCUGAUGAUAAAUCCGCCCAGCACCACAAUGCACACCAUUGCUUGGAGAUUACAGUCAAUUGCAGCCCCAUCAUUGACCACUGCAUCAUACGCAGCACGUGCACAGUGGGGUCAGCAGUGUGUGUCAGUGGUCAGGGUGCUUGUCCCACAAUCAAGCACUGCAACAUCAGUGACUGCGAAAAUGUUGGUCUUUACAUCACUGACCAUGCACAGGGAAUCUAUGAAGACAACGAGAUUUCAAACAACGCUCUGGCUGGGAUCUGGGUGAAAAACCACGGCAACCCAAUCAUCAGACGGAAUCACAUCCACCACGGCAGAGACGUGGGAGUUUUUACAUUUGACCACGGCAUGGGUUACUUUGAGAGCUGUAACAUCCAUAGGAACCGUAUAGCCGGCUUUGAGGUGAAGGCAUACGCCAAUCCGACAGUGGUUCGUUGUGAGAUCCAUCAUGGUCAGACAGGAGGCAUCUACGUGCAUGAAAAGGGUCGCGGCCAGUUCAUUGAAAACAAGAUCUUUGCGAAUAACUUUGCAGGCGUGUGGAUCACUUCCAACAGUGACCCCACAAUACGGGGCAAUGCCAUUUUUAAUGGUAACCAAGGUGGAGUUUAUAUUUUUGGUGAUGGCCGAGGCCUCAUUGAAGGAAACGACAUCUAUGGUAACGCCUUGGCAGGAAUCCAGAUCAGGACAAAUAGCUGCCCUAUUGUCAGGCACAACAAGAUUCAUGAUGGCCAACAUGGAGGAAUAUAUGUGCAUGAAAAAGGACAAGGAGUCAUUGAGGAGAAUGAGGUGUACAGCAACACACUGGCAGGAGUGUGGGUUACAACGGGCAGUACGCCAGUGCUGAGGAGGAACAGGAUACACAGCGGGAAGCAGGUUGGAGUUUACUUCUAUGACAAUGGCCACGGUGUGCUUGAAGACAAUGAUAUCUACAAUCACAUGUACUCUGGAGUUCAAAUAAGGACGGGCAGCAAUCCUAAGAUCAGACGGAACAAGAUCUGGGGAGGCCAGAAUGGCGGCAUUUUGGUUUACAACUCAGGCUUAGGUUUCAUCGAGGACAAUGAGAUCUUUGACAAUGCAAUGGCAGGUGUGUGGAUAAAGACAGACAGCAACCCCACUCUGCGGAGGAAUAAAAUCCACGACGGUAGAGAUGGCGGGAUCUGUAUAUUCAACGGAGGAAGAGGUUUACUAGAGGAGAAUGACAUUUUCAGAAAUGCCCAAGCGGGGGUCCUCAUUAGCACCAACAGUCACCCAGUACUGCGGAAAAACAGGAUAUUUGAUGGCUUCGCUGCAGGUAUUGAAAUCACCAACCAUGCCACGGCGACUCUAGAGGGCAAUCAGAUCUUCAACAAUCGUUUUGGGGGGUUGUUUCUUGCGUCUGGUGUCAAUGUUACAAUGAAAGAUAAUAAAAUAUUGAACAAUCAAGAUGCCAUUGAAAAAGCUGUGAGCAGAGGUCAGUGCCUGUACAAGAUUUCAAGUUACACCAGCUACCCAAUGCACGAUUUUUACAGGUGUCACACUUGUAACACAACAGACCGCAACGCCAUUUGCGUGAAUUGUAUCAAGAAGUGUCACCAAGGACAUGAUGUAGAGUUCAUCAGACACGAUAGAUUCUUCUGUGACUGUGGUGCUGGGACGCUGUCAAAUCCUUGCACGUUAGCAGGAGAGCCGACACAUGACACAGACACUCUGUAUGACUCAGCUCCCCCUAUAGAGUCCAAUACACUGCAGCACAACUGAGCUCAAGUCCCGAGGUGCUUCUGCGCUUCAGCAGUAAUGGACGUAUAAGACACUUUAAGUUGUGCCGUGGAAGAGCAAUUCCAAACUAAAACACAGAUUCACUUUGGCAAAAAUAUACAGUGACUUUAAAAAGUAAAACAAAAAAAGACUUGCGACUCGGAUAUUCUAAAAGGAGACAUUUAGAAAAAGGUGAUUAUGGAUGCCUCACAUUUUCUUUUCCUUACAUUUUUUUAACAAAAGAUGACAUCAGUGGGACAGAGCAGAAGAGCAACUGAUUUGGGAUUUGUAGGUCUGUUGAUUUGGUCAAGUAAAUGAUGCCGGUGAGAGUUGGACAAAAUCCACCGAGGCUUAUCUGCUUUUGGGAAGCGGAUGAAUGAGAUACUGCAGUGUACAGAUCCAACAUGGAGAGUCAGUCAGAAGAGGCUACAGCUCGUCUCAUGAAAAGGCAAAAGCCCCCAAAUACAACAAUGCUUCCAUCACUGGGCAACCGACGUGCUCGUAUGAUAUGUACGGGAAAAACGACCUAGCACUUCAGCAUUUUUUUUUCUUCUUCAAGACAACUGUUGAGAUUUGAUUUUAAUG